GAAAGGACUGUGUUGUACUUUACAUGCUAUCCCCUUUAUAGCGGUUUUAUUUUGAAGGAGCAUUGAAUGUGGGACCAGCCGUCUCCUGCUCAGCUACAGGAGGGGAUCAGAUGUUAGAUAAAUGCGUUCUGUGUAUUCUGAACAAUGGGUGCAGCUCAUUCAAAGUAACUCCCACAUACUAAAGUCCAUGUUCACCUAAUGUCCACUCAUCAUUUUGUUCUAUUCUUCUCCUUCCAGAAAACCACUAAGAGAAAGAAAGCCGCAGCUGAAGAGGAGGAGGAGGAGAAUGAGACAGAUGGACAACCCAUCAAGAAAAAGAGAGUCGCAAAGAAAAAAGAAGUGAACGGGGUGAAGAAGAGUCCCGCAAAAACUGCUGGACCAAAGAAGGUAUGCGGCGCUGGCAAAGUGGGGGACCCCAAAUCCAGACUGGUGGAGAUGGGCACCCAGACGUCCCCCGGACUUGCCCUGAGGUCCAGAGGCAGACCCAAGAAAACCAGCGCCUGAGCCCCCCCCACCUGUCUACACUCCUCCCUCCUGCCUCUCAUCUGCUCCUACAAGAGUCACUUUUCUACUUGUUUCUGGUUUCUAUUCGUUACGCACUAUUACAUGUUGAUUUUAUUUGGUGUCAUUGAAGACAGGCCUAUUGUAAUAAAGAGUAAUUAAAACGUCAA